CAUACGUCGGUGUGCUGCUCAGAUGAAGAAAAGACAACAAUGUGGAAAGUGCUGGUGUGUGCGCUCCUGCUGCUAAACACGGCAGGCGCUGUGGAUCAGGUCGUCCCUGCAAGCCACGCCGGUCCUUCAUACGUGGGCAAACUUCUGGUGCUGCCAAUGGACGGGAGUCACUGGAUUGGCAUCAAGGCCAUUGCUCAGGAAAUGGGUCGGCGCGGACACCAGGUCACUGUUGUGAUACCAGAGAUCAGCAUGCGGAUGGGCCCGGGGGAGCACUAUGACACGCUGACCUUUCCUGUGCCGUACGACCAGGCGUAUAUUGACACUCUGCUGUCCGCGGGCAAAGACAUGCUGCUCAAAUCGACACAGCCUUUCAUGGAGAGAAUCCAGAAGAAAGUCUCACAAAUCUCACGAAUUGCAGAAAUGCUCCACGUCACUGCAGAGAGCCUUCUGUUCAACGCCAGCCUCAUCUCACAUCUGGAGCAGCAGGGCUUUGACGCCGUGCUGACGGACCCCAUGGUGCCCAUAGGCUCCCUCAUAGGUCGGAAAUUAGGUAUCCCCGCUGUUAAUCUGCUGAGAGGAAUUCCGUGUUUCUUGGAUAUGCACUCUGCAGGGUGCCCGUCCCCGCCCUCGUACGUGCCCCGCUUGUUCACCGGAUUCACGGAUAAAAUGGACUUCAAACAAAGAGUGAUCAACACUGUGGUGACUACGCUGGAGCCGCUCCUGUGCCGCGUUCUGUACUGGCGCUUUGAUCAAAUAGCCUCCCAGUUCCUGAGAGAAGACGUGACUGUGGCUGAGGUGUUGUCGGAAUCUGCAAUCUGGCUGCACAGGAUUGACUUCACACUGGAGUUCCCGCGCCCGCUCAUGCCUAACAUGGUGCUAGUUGGAGGCAUUAACUGCAACGUGAGGAAUCCUCUGCCAGAGGAUCUGGAGCCCUGGGUGUCAGGAGAGCAUGGGUUUGUGGUGUUCACGCUGGGCACUGCCGUGUCCGAAAUGCCAGAAGAGACGACCACAGUCUUCCUGGAAGCAUUCAGACAGAUUCCGCAGAAGGUGAUAUGGAGAUACAGCGGCUUUGUUCCUCGAAAUAUUCCAGGAAAUGUAAAGAUGAUGAAGUGGGUGCCCCAGAACGACUUACUCGCUCAUCGUGGCAUUCGGGCAUUCAUCACUCAUGCUGGCUCACACGGUCUCUUUGAGGGACUUUGUCACGCCGUUCCCAUGGUGAUGGUACCACUCAUUGGAGACCAGCCUGACAACGCCGAAAAGUUGGCGAGCAGAGGAGCGGGGGUCGUGUUGGAUAUCACCGCUAUGACUACAGAAGAUCUGCUGCAGGCGUUGAACGAGGUCAUCAACAACACGAGGCACAAAGAGACCAUGAGGAGGCUAUCUGCGCUACACAAAGAUCGUCCUGUUGAUCCACUGGACCUUUCCGUGUACUGGACAGAAUUUGUGAUGCGGCACAAAGGGGCUGAACAUCUUCAAGCUGCUGUCAAAGACCUCAACUGGUUCCAGUACUUCUGUCUGGACGUAAUAGCGCUGCUGGCUACGGUCCUGCUGGUUUUUAUCAUCUUGACAGUUAAAUGCUUGAAGCUUUGCUGUCGGAAAGUGAGCAGAAAGAGGAAGCGAGACUAAAGUUCCACGUGGGGACUAUUACAAGAUCUAAUAAGUGGAGCCGUGUGGUGAUCAAAAGGAUUUAAUGACAUACAGAAUCAGCGUAGAAGGAACGGAGGGAUGAAGUGUUACGGUGUUCAUUAGUGGUGGCCGCCCUUCUUGGGUGGGAACAGGGCGUACUCCACAGCCAGCGCAACGGUAAAGGCGGCAAAGCCCCACUUGAAUCCUCUCAGCAGCACGUCCGACAGAGUCACGGCACGCGCAAAACCCCCCGAGUACCUCCAUGCCUCAUUGCUUUGAAAUGAACGGAGAGAGUGAAAGAAACGAGGAUGAUUAAGGAAGUAAUGACAGCGCAAACAGAAAGAUUUCAUGUUUAAACGCUCACCGUGCCCACGGGUCCUUAAGGCCCCGGGCUGCCAACCUCUGCUGCGUAAACUCCAGUGGCGUUCCCUCUGUCUUCCACUGCCGCCAGUCCGGCAUGGACAUCUUGCUGUGGCCAUGGUCGCCUCCCAUACUAACAAGGGCACAUAAACAACAUGAAAAGCCUUCAAAAUUUGCAUUUUAAUGUACAACAACAAACGUAUAGCUGUGAGGAAAAAUGAUAAUGUUGUACAUUUGACUGUAAAAGUCCAAGUCAUGCUCUCAGGAAUUAAAUAAAUGCAUUUGAAGUAUGCGUUAGGGGCUGGAUUUCUAAAUAACUGCAAAAAUGUAUGAAACAAAUGCAAGAAAAAUAUGGACUGCCUCUAAGAAAAUAAAAAGGUACAUUUUUCUUUGUCUUGGUUUAACACUUGGGUGCAAUCUUUUACAUCAUACAAUAGCGCAAUAAGCACCGGUUUACGUAGCUGAUGUUAGCCUUAGAAUAAGUUGUAUGACUCCACAGUUAAUCUCGACAGCAAUGUGUGUUAUUGUUCUUAUUAUAUACGUCUUAGUCUUACCAGUAGCAUUCUCCGAGUCUGACAGCCAAUAUCCUCAAUUGCUUGGAAUUUUUUGCCUUAUUUUGUUAAGACGUUCACUUCAGGCUUUAAUAAUAUUCUGCAUGGUUUACGUAUUUUCCGUGCAGCUCGCAUUGUGUCAAGUACAAUGUUGUGUAACACAAUUAAAAACU